AAUAUAGGAACGUCUUAAUUAGGUUUUUAAAGAAAUAGAGACUACGUAGUUAAUUUGGAUGAAUUAUAGGGACCCGAUGAUAAUUUACCCUUUUUGAUAAGAAACUGACGUUGUUAUUAAAAGUUCUAACCUUUUCCCUUUAAUCCUCUGUUACACAAACGAACAAAAAGCUAUGACUCUUCAAAGUGGUAUGUCCAUGGGAUUUUUGAGUCGUCCAUUUUUAUUAACGUUAAUGAGCUUUAAGACGUUGAUUGCAUCAUUUGCAAAUGAUUAUGCUUAAAUGCCUGAUGAGCAUGUUAACUUUGGUAGAAUUACCUUGUUCAGGAAAGUGUUCAAUUGAUGUUUUGGCACAUGUCAAUUUUCAAUCGUGCGCUGGUGAUCCGUGGAAUGUGUGAUUUGAAGUUUGAAAUCCGUAAAAGGCUAGCUUUAAAUAAUUUACAUGGCAGCAAAUUAUUGUGACUUGUUCAUGACUAAUUCUUCAUGGAACAAAAACCAGUGCUCUAUUUUGACACAUGCUAUUUGGGUAUGGUUUAUUUAUUGUUAUCUUUCUACCAGACCAAGUUUUGGCACAUCAUUUUCAGAAAAAGACUAAAGUGAAUUUGGUUUCAAGUUAUUUUAUACAUUUGUUGGUGGGAAAUUUGAAGCAUCGAGGGCUUGGAAGGCAAUUAACUUGCUUAGCGGAAUACUGAGUAAACUGUUUCCGUGGUUAUUAAUAUUUGUUCUUUUAACUAAUGAGAGAAUUUUUAUGGUGCUUAGUGGCUGUGUGAUUGUGAAGGAAGGUUUUUCCUAUUACUUUACUCUGUUGAUGCUUCCCAUUCUGGCCUCUCAUUAUCUGCUGAAAUUUGUGCAUUUUUAAGUAAGGAUGAAAUUGCAUAGUUGAGUUACACACUUUGUGAAUUAUAGGACAUUUGAACAGGUUGAAAGACUAGCUUACAACAUGAACCUCUUGAAGAAGAGAGGACUUCUGAAGCAUAAUAAUUUUCGGCAAUCUAAUGACAGUUAGAAACACAAGAAUGCAUCAACCAAUGAUGGACUUAUCAAAAAGAAAAGAAUUUUCUACUUAUUUCCUUUCUGAUGGAUGUAAGAACUUAAAUACAAGCAUAUCGCUGGUAAGUUGGCUGCACUAUGGGUAUAAUUGCAGUAUGCCAGUGGUAGAAACAAACAUUUUGCCAAGCUUGAAAUGAAGAGACUUAGGAAGUUUCUCCGAUUGAAACAAAACAAGACGAGGGACCAAAAUUGUAGUACUGCUAGCGCUAAGUUUUGGUAUAAGAGAAGACAACAGGAUCCUAGACCUCAACGCUUGUAGGCCCUUAGGCAUCUUCAGUUGCUAUUUUCAAAGAAAAACCUGCUGGAGAAGAAUAUUAUUCUCACUCACAGCAUAUAUGUAUUGUAUAUUCAUAGUAUUUAUAGAAGUCACUCCACGUGCCUUGAGCGUGUCUCAACUUUGUUGCCACACUCCCCCAAAUUUCUGUUCCUAUAUUUAGAUCUCCAACUUUCUUUCCCAUGACUUCCCCUCAAAUAUCACAAACUUGUGCUGAACACAAGGUUGAAGAAGCUGAUCGUGAUAACAAAUAUCACAAGGCCAAAAGACUGCAACGAGCUCAAUGGCUUCGAGCAGCCAUUCUAGGAGCUAGUGAUGGUUUGAUCUCCACUACGUCACUUAUGCUUGGUGUAGGUACAGCAGAGGAAGAUGGACGAUCCAUGGUACUAUCUGGACUAGCUGGAGCUCUUGCAGGUGCCUUUAGUAUGGCUGUUGGGGAGUUUGUUUCUGUCUCAACACAGAGAGAUAUUGAAAAGGCUACUGUUUCUUACAGUGGUUCCAAAGAUAGCGAGCAUAAUGAUCUUGCGAUCAAGCUCGACAUCACUGCCACUCCGCCUAGCAUUGAUGAAGAAACCAGGCUUGGUGAGACUAACUUAACUGUGACCCCCUUGGAAAAUAUCCAGCACGGCACUGAGUCAAUAGAGAAAGCGUCGCCAAGUGUAGUCGAGCCAACUUUGCCUUCUACUGUGACUCCCGGGAGGUCUCCUACUCCUACGAUCAAACUUCUUAAAGAAGAUGCAAGGGGAAGUUCUGGUACAUCGCAUGAUGAUAACGGAGAGGAGGUGCUGAUCACAAACCCCUACAAGGCUGCAGCUGCCUCAGCUUUGGCUUUUUUGUGUGGGUCUUCUGUGCCGUUGUUGCCUGCCAUUCUUCUUACUCAAAAUGUUAUUAGGAUGGUGGUGAUUGCAGUGGUCACAUCAAUUGCUUUGGCUCUUUUUGGCAGCUUGGGAGCUUUUCUUGGAGGUUCAGCAGUUACGACUUCUGCAGUAAGAGUCCUGGUUGGUGGUUGGAUUGCCAUGGCAAUUACAUAUGGCUUGCUAAAGCCUUUCGACAGUGACGACAAGGGCAGUAACGCCACAGAAUGAUUCCGGCAUCAGACCUGUAUGAAUCUUCACAACCUACUGUGGCCAAGGAAAGGAGGGAUAAGCAAUUUUAUUUUGCUACAUAAAGCCAAAAGUGCUGAUACUUGCCGAAUAUAUAUUGUUUGACUCCUAUGUUUGUGUUCUAUGAUGUUAGGAACAUGAAUAUUCUCUUGUGGAAACUCCCCUAAAAAUAAAAAUGCUUCUUAGGAAGUGCGUGAGAGCUGAAUUUGCAUUAUGAGUUUCAUGUCUUUUUUUUUUUUUUUUCCCCUUUUUCUUUUUAUGUUUUAGUUUAGAAGUCGAUGUGGCAAACCUUUUCUUCAUUUCUCAAUUAAUAACAAUAAAGAAAGAAAGAAUCUUUGGAAGAA